AUGUCUCAUUGGGUAAAGGAUGUCAUCUCAAAGUUCAUCUUACACGCCUCCGUACGGUAUAUUUCUCGCAUUUAUCGAUUUUUAAAUGCUUUGUUGGGUGUUCUGUCUGCUCAUGUCGCCAUUCCCAGCCAUACUACUUUUGUGGCGACUGAAAGUGACAUUGAAUACACUAUUCAAAUACCGGACCUCAAAAUAAUCAAGAAGCUGUUCGGUCCCAAUUCGUCUGACAAUGGGAAAAUUGACUGUGAAAUUUCGGAAACUGGGUUCAAUUUCAAGUUUGUUGGGAGCAAGGACCUUGCCGGUAAAAACUACGUCCUCUUUGUCUCCAGCUUUCCUAGUAGAAUAAAUCCUUACAAAAGCAGCUGGAAACCGCGGAAUGGGGCGGUAGACGUGAAGCUACGCGUCCUAGUGAGUAUAGUUGUGUCUAUUGCGGGGUUUUUAACGGUCAAUCUCCCACGUCACCUGCAACUUACCUCCUCAUAG